GGCAAAUAGAACGUAAGUAUGCCGUCGUAUUUAAACACCUAACCUUUUAGAAUUUAUCGGAGAAUGCAAAAAUGAAAACGUUCCGUGCAGUAAUUUGGAUAUUAUUAAUAUUUGACACAAGAGUGGAGCUUAAUGAACUGAACGUUCACAAAUUGAUAUUCAGCGGAAAUUACAGCAAAGAUGCUCGUCCUAAAAGGAAUGCAACAGAGGCACUUUCUGUAUAUUUAAACUUAGUGAUUUAUUCUAUUCAUGACGUUGAUGAAAAAUAUCAGUCAAUAUCAAUACGAACAAUACUAGAUAUUCAAUGGAAAGAUGAAUUCCUGACAUGGAAUCCUGAUGAUUUCGGUGGUGUCAAAUCAAUCACUGUUCCAGGUGAUAAAAUAUGGGUUCCUGACAUAGUAAUGCAAGACACAUUUGUGUCGAUUUUUAAUUCAAUUGAAAAAAAUGGUAGGGCAAUACUUAACUAUGAUGGACAUGUAACAAUUUGGCCAGGAGGCCUAUUUCAAGUUGCGUGUAAAAUAUCUGUUAAAAAAUUUCCGUUUGACAAACAAACAUGUCCACUUGAUUUUCUUUCAUGGACUCGUCCUUCAACAUCGAUCCGACUUAUAAACUCAAACACCGAAUGGAGACCACAUGAUCACAGCAUCUUAGAAAAAGGAGAAUGGUCUCUUGAAAAUGUGAGAAUAAUUAACCAAACUAAAAUAUUCGAAUGCGUGAAAUGGGAUCACGUGUUGUUUUUAAUUGAUGUUAAGAGGAAACCUCUUUUCCACGUUGUUAAUGUUAUCAUCCCUGUUAUGUUGAUAUCAAUAUUGGACGUUAUGUGUUUUGUGUUACCUUCAGAGUCAGGAGAACGGGUGGGAUUAUCGAUCUCUAUUUUCCUGACGUUAACUGUGUUCUUAUCUGCUGUAACAAGUACUUUACCAGAAUCAUCAGACGAACUAGCAGUUUUCACUUUAUUUCUCGGUCUUCAAGUUUUAGGAAGCGCACUGUCGGUUAUUAUGACAAACAUUUCACUGUUUUUAUACUUUAAAGAUAAACAAGAAACAUUAUCGUUAAUGGCAAUGUAUUUGGUGAAAUUAUUUUUCAUGGAGAACAAGUGUAGAAAUGUUACAUGGCACACUGUAUCACGGGCUUUGGACAGACUUUGUCUUGUUUUUGCAGCUAUUUGGCAUACAGUACUAAUAUCGAGCUUUUUAAUUGCAGUUUAUCAAUAAUGAUUAAGAAUCUAAACAUUAUAACUAUUUUUGUUGGAUGCAAAUUAAAAAUACGCCUUAAUUUUAUAGAAAACACAAUUCGUUACAUUUCUCAUGUAAACAUAUUAAAAAAUUAAGUACAUGUACUUGAAUCAGGACAUUACCUAGGUAACACCAAGGGAUCUAAUUGAUACUAUCAACAUGUACUGUACACUUAAACUUUUUAUUAUCAAAUUAUUUUAAAUGUAAUUGAACAGAGUAUAACAUUAAAGAGGAAUUAAGAGGAAAACUGUGUUCUAAGUUCGUUAUCUUAUAAUGCAGAUAAAUAUAAUAGUGGUCAAUGGUAUCUCAACGAGAACAUUUUCUCCAUUCUUCAACAAUGAUAAGAUAAAUUUAACAGGUGAUUUCAUUUUGAUCUAAGAAUCAAUGUAGUCCUAACAAUACGAUCGAGGCAGAUGUAGAAUCACGCAAACUAAAAGGCUUGUGACUGAGAUUUAAUCGUGAAUUUGCAAAUGCGUAUUACGAUGCAUAUAACAAAUAUAUUCCAUUAACUUUAUUUGUGGUAGCUGUACAUGGAUAAAGUAUCUUAUUUCAAAACAAGGUACCAAGAGGCUGCCGAUGAUAUGUUGCGUGAAAUGAUUUGAAAAUGGCAAUUAUCCCAAAGGUUAAAUGGUUGUUAGCAGUAAUGUUAUGUUCAAUUAAAAUCAUAUGCGACACAUUACAUAGGAUAUAACAAAAAUAUAUCUCUAAAUAAAAUGCCAGAGAAAGUGUAAAAAUUGUAUUAUAUUUCGUGGUUUAAAUUAAUCAUAAGAUAUUGGAUUUUUUCCAUUUAGCGCAAUAAUAAUCAAAUACUAGUAUAUCAACAUUGAAACUUGUAUUUAAAAUUUGUAGAUUCUGGUGGGAAUUUAAAGGAAAUUUCACGAAUGUAAGAAAAGUGCAUUUGGUAUCAAUAACUUUAAUUUGAUUUAAAUUUAAAGUUUCAUGAAAAGUAGG